CCCGCAAUAACUUGAAAAUGUAAAGUGUCCCACAGUUACUGUACAGUUACAAGGAAUAAUGGUGAACGAGAAUGAAAAGGUAUAUAAUAGGAUGACUUUGGUUAUUAGGGACAGCUAAGGUGCACAAUAAUACAAUGAAGUAGGAGCCUACAGGUCCCUCUAUAACACAGUAUGACAAUGGAUGUGGAUCCAGCACCCACAGACUUUCUCCAUGGACUGAACAGGAUCAGAUGCAAUGGUUCUCGAAUCAAGGUGGGAAAUAGAGACUUUACAUCUGCCUCUGAAGCCCUGGAAGCUUACCUGGACCAAUAUGCAGGUUUGACCUCUAAAUACAAAGGUCGCUAUAGGCAGAAUGUGUCAGAUCUAUUGGAUCCUAAGUCUGCCCUCCAUCUCACUGCAGAACGAUCUCUGCAAACAGGUGUCCGGGACACAGCCGCUGAACUCCAGCUGGCCAACGCUAGGGAAUCUAUCAAUGAAUCUUAUGACAAAAUGAAAAGGAGUAUGGCUCUCAGAGCUGAAGAUCGGGAGAGGAGAAACCGACAUGUGGAUGAAGCUUUAAACAAAUCAGGAGAAUUAUUACAUAGAAUAGCUCAUGAUGAACCCUUACCAAAGGAAGGGCCUAGUGAUGUAGAAAGUGUCAAUACAGACACACUGAUCAAUAUGAAGCUGGGUUCAGCUGCACAGAAGCGAGGACAUGUAUACUCUUAUAAAAACCCCAGGAACCGGUCCAAGACAGUGGGGGCCGCUCCCCAGAAAAGGGACCUUUCUAGUGUAGAAGACAUUCUUGGAUCAAGGCGGAGUGGUCUGGCAAACCUCCCUCCUCCAACAAGCUACAAGUCGUCCCAGACAAGGGAGAGAAGUAGGUCUGUGUCUCCGUCUUCAUUCAGACACCAUGAGAGGUUAGCCAGCAAUCCAGCCAGACAGGCUUAUGACAUUCCAGUGAAAAGCUAUGAUUUGGAUUUAUCUGAGAGCAGGAAGCCACCCAGCUGGAUUGAUGCUCUGGAUAUUUCCAAUCCCAGUGAGAGCUUUUGGUCAAAGAGAGACCUUGUGUCUGGUAGGCCCGCUCCCAGCUGGGUCCAUGGACUAGAUAAAUCUGAUAUUACAUGUGUUACAGCUGAACUACCUCAAAAGCGAGUGGGCUUCUCAGAAAAUGUGGCUCAAUCAAACUUUAAUAGAUCACAUGACUCAAACCCUCCUGGUCUAGAUUUUAAUGAUUUACUAUCCAAAUCACCAGGGAAAUCUUCUUUAAAGUCACCAAAGUCAAGUCGAAAAGCCUACAAUUUCUCCAGCAAGUUGGCACCAGAAGUACUUAAGGCUGGAAACACCAGUGCAAAUAGCAGUGAUAUUUUAGAAAAAUACUUAGAAACCUCAACAAAGGCAGAUAACUCCUAUGAUGUGUCCCAUCCCCCACGAUGUUCUAGCUUGGAUACUGAGGCAUUGUUAGCAGGGAUAUCAGCACCAAACAAAAGUGACAUUACAGGAGCAAGCCCUAUUGUGCCAGAUCAAUCCCCAGCACGGCCUGGAAUGUCUAAUCGAGCUUGGAGUCCGGACACAGAUAUGGUACUGGACGGUGAUCGUUCCUGGGAGAAACCUGUAUUACCUUGUCUAAAGCCACCAGUCUUAACAGAUGAUGAUGACUUACAGACUGACACACUGACAGGGACACCACAGCCCGGCAGUUUGGAGGCCUUAAAGAACAUGUUGUUUAAACUCCAAACUGAGGCUGCAGCUCAUGCAGCUGGAAAUCCUACCACCAUAGAAAAUCUUCAGGCUGGAGCUCCUAGUACAGAUAGAGCUGAGGAUGACAUUCCUGCCCUGGAGGGUUACAACUGGAAAGAGCAGCCCGGGGGGCAGUCCCUAGAAAAAGCUCUCCAUCACCUAGGAAACCUUAAGACCAUUGUUAACAAUGAGAAGGCAGCUCGAAGUAGAUCUCCGUCCCCCCACAGAUUAAGGAGUCGAUCCUACUCCCCCACACGGUCGAGAUCAGCACUUAGCUAGUCAAACUGUUAAAGACUUUUGUUAAUUACACAAUUGAUAUGCAUGUUAGCUUAGGAGAAUGGACAUUUGGAAUUAAACUUAUUUAUACUCAUUGCUUAUCAGUCCCAUUAAAGAUAGAAUUGAUUCUGUAUCAUUCAUUGUAUUACAGUAGACCUCUAUUGUUGCAUUAAAAACAAUUACAUGUAUUAUGUAUGAUAAAGUGGCAAGAUCACAAUGGCAAUCUUCAUACAUGUACAAUCAUACUCGAGUUUAAUAAGAACAAUUUGUACACGUAAACUCGAUAUUGUUUUUGUUUAGAUCUUGUUGUGUUAUUUCGUAUAAAACAUAUUACUGCUAAGUAAUUGUUUAAUAUUUUCUUUUUUAUAUUAUAUCAAGUUGAUUAACAACACUUACUUGCUGGUAAUAUGAGAUCCAUCAGUUUUGUUGUGUAAAAAUAGAUGAGAUUUUUGAUAUAAUUUUGUUUUUUGCAAGGAAAGAGAUGAAAACAUGACACCCAUUUUUGUAAAUUUCACUGGAAACACCUGCUUGUUGUGAAUUUGACACUGUGCUUUCCUGUUCUGUGGGAAACACUGUUUACUUUGACCACACUAAUCAAUAUUUUAAUUUCACAUUACUUUGUUAUUAUUUAUUUGUCAUUAAAUGAAAAUAUCAUUCA